UGUUGACAACAACUGGCAGAUGGACCAGCGUGGGAGUUUGGUGUUUAAUAUUUCAUGAAAUAUGUUAUUGGUCUUCUUUUGAAAUAGGCAAUACUCUUAAAACAAAGCAGUGGAUAAGAAACAUUCGAAUGCGUAUGUUUUAAACCCCCUAUUUGGUAGUUUAUUCUAAAGAGUUGUGAUCAUCGUUAACAUGGCAACAACAUCAGAAGACAACUACGACAGUCAUGAUGACCCAGACUAUGACUCAGACCGUCCAACUGAGCGCUGGGCACCACUUGGAGCGGUGUCGGAUAUAGAACCCACAACAUCGCACUCAGAAAUUAGCCGUCACAGUGAGCGCGAGGAGCUAGAACGUCUGGAAGAGGAACAAGAGCAAUUAAACUCCUCUCUCCUUGCCCUUACCACACACUUUGCCCAGGUCCAGUUCAGACUGAAACAGAUUGUCAGCUCUGAUGAUGAUCAGAAAGAGCGACUGUUGAAAGAACUGGAGGAGUUUGCCUUCAGGGGGAUCCCAGACGUGAGGGGAUGUACAUCACAAGAUGCUCAGAUACUUGAAGAAAUGUCUGACCGCGAGCAUGAGGUGAAGUUGACAGAGCAGAGAGAGAAACAAAGAGAACUUAUCACACAGCUGAAAUCUCAGCUGGAGAACCUUGAGACUUAUGCUUAUGAGACUGGAGAUAUUGAGGAAUUGCCGACCAGUCGUCAGAUGGAGAAACAAAAGGUGGUCUUAGAUCAACUCCGGAACACACUAGACCUCCGUAUUGACAAACUAGAUAGUCUGAGCACGGAAGAGCUAAGGCAGGUGGUGGACCAUGCUGUCGGACAGAUCGUGAAUCCAGCAAAAGUGAAGGAAAAACUGGUUAAUCAACUGAAGACUCAGGUCACAGAUCUUGAACGCUUUAUCGACUUUCUGCAAGGGGAGGCGACUAGUCCUGGACCUCUUGGGAAAAACAGGUGUACCUGUCCAGUACAUGCCAAAUCCAACAAGUUCACAUUUGACGAACAAACAGUGAGCAAAGACAGGAAAGACCCCAGUAUUACAAAGGAUAGCCACAGGCAUGCAGAGAUGUUGAAGAAAACGUUACACAUGAUGCAAGUGUUUCUGAUCAAUCAGCUUGGUUGUGGCAGUCGAGACUUUCAGAGGAAUGCUAUGAAGAAAACGACGAAAGGAAAUCACUGGGGUGAUCUACGAGCCCGUCUUGAACUGGCUGUAGACAAGGUGUCGACAGCGGCCCGCUACCAACCCACUCAGGAUGACGAAAGUGGGGACUACAACAGUGAAUCUGAGGAGAGCCAGGAGAUGAGCAGUCCCCUGCUGACACAGACAGUGAGAAAGGAUCUGGCCAUGGCCAUAAGGGAUCUUUUUCAGCAUGGGCUUGUAGAGAUGAGCCAAAACAGAACUCUUGUGCCGUGGGGCUGUUUGCCUUCCCGAUCAGCCGCUAUAACACGAGAGAUGCACGCCUGGGAUCUACUCCUCAAAUACUAUGAGAUGAAGCAUGGGCAGGAGUAUAAUCAGUCACCAGCCCGGAAGCUGUCUCAGUCGUUCCACCUGGAGAUUGUGGGUGGCAAGGCUAUCACAUCCAAGCAGACGCUGCUUGGGGCUAUAAAUACAGUCCUCACUACCCAUACUCACCUGAAGCGGUCUGAGGAUUCACACUUCAAGGCGUUUAUCUGCCUUGCACUCAAUGAGGGCAAACUCCCCCAGUGGAUGAAGUUGAUCUUCCGUACACAGACACUAGUCGACAACUACUAUCAGGAUUGGAGCUAUGUGGCAAGGACAGGUUUUGAUGAUGCAAUCAAGUCGCUGGACAAACUAUCUCAGUACAAGUUCAAUCUGCCUGUUGACUUGGCCAUACGACCCUUCAGCAACAUCAAAGACGCUUUCUGAACUCCAAUGCUGUGCAUCAAAGACGCUUUAAGAACUCUGUCAAAGACGCUUUCUGAACUCCAUCAAAGACGCUUUACAAACUCCAUCAUGGACACUUUCCGAACUUUAUUUAAGAUGCUUUCCAAAUUUCAUCAAAGACCCUUUCUGAACUCCAUCAAAGACGCUUUACAAACUCCAUCAAGGACGCUUUCUGAACUUUAUCAAAGACGCUUUCCGAACUCCAUCAAAGAUUCUCUUGAACGUCAUCAAACAUGCUUAAAAUCUGUCAAAUACUUUUUCAUCACAUCAAAGAUGCAGUAUGAACUCUUAAAAUUUUGAAUUUGGUGAAACCAAUGAGCAUUAAACUUAAGCUUACAUAAUCAGUUACAAAAUUAAUAAAACACUCACAAGCUUUCUUAUAUAGAUAUAUGUUAUAUAUAUAUCUUUCAAAAUCUAGAAUUUCAGUUUGCAUUGAAAUACAAUGUAUCUAUAAUCUAUUUGAACAAAUCUCUAUGGCUUAUUUAUGAGAAGCAUGGAUCUUGGCAAUAUAUGAAGUAUUACCGGUAUUAUGGUAUGGUAAGUUAUUGUGUUAACUAUUCCUAAUGUUUUAUUCCUGUUAUUUCUCAUUGUUGAUUUUUAGCUGCCGUUUCAGCUCUGUUAAAUGUCUCUUUUUAUUGAUUUCACUAUCAACAUAUCUUACAUGGACGUUGGCUGUUGUUUUUUUGCAAAACUCUGUAAUUAUACUUACAUUUUUAUGUGGCAAUAGAGGUUGUGUUCUAGAUAUUAAUUAGGUUAAGUUAUCACCACACAUAUCGUUCAAUCGCCUUUUGGAAUUAAGACUACUGUGUAUUUACAACAAUAAUAACUAUUUCAAAACUAUGAAAUUUGUUAGUGAGCUUGAAGGAGUUUGUUUUAUUUCACGUGUAAAAAUUUCCAAUUUGAUUUGUGACUCUAAUUUCACAUUUUACUGAAAUUCCUAAUCUUGCAAUAUUUUGUUACAUGCUUGUUGAUAAAAAGGGUCCACUAUGACAACAUUCCAGUUCCUUGUUAUAUAUUUUAAGGGUGGGGGAGGGGGAGUGAUAAGAUUCUUAGUGUCAUUGGGCGGAUUGUUCAGAUCUUUGUUAAAGUUAACAACGUUGUUAACGUCACCAUUGUUAACUUUCAAAUCUUUAUUAUUUGGAAUUAAAAUGGACGCAUUUGAGAUCUGCAGUAUUUCUAUCGAGGUUUGAGACAUCUGUUCUAGUGUAUGUGUCUUAUUUAAAUAUAUGAGUAUGUAAUAAAAUAUUUCAUCUCAAUGAUGUUGUUAAUUACGUUGUUAACUUAAGCAAAGUUCUGAAAAAUCGGGCCAAUAUAUAUUGAGGCUAGAAGAACUUAUUCGCUGUCUCCCUCAAGCUGUCCUUGGUUACUUUAAUCUAUUGUGUCAUGAAAUCCCGAUAAUAUUUAUUAAUCCUCAAUUAUGUGCAAUACUUUGUUUUACAUAUGAUUUUCUAUGUUGUUUUUGUACAUUCAUUUGUUACUCAAUCCUUUGAGAUUUUGUUUUAAUUCCAAGUUAACUAAGAAAAAAGGCCAAAAAAUAUGCAUGCUGUUAUAAUCCGUUUUGUUUUGUUAAGAAUUUAUUGGAAAUUAAUUCUAAGGUUGUGGGUUAAGUUUUGUGAUUUUUUUGUUGUCUUAUUUAUUUGUGUAAUAAAUGAAUAUAUAUAUUUAAACAAAAUAUGCUGCAUUUGACCUAGUCAUACAUAUAUAGCUGCGCUUAGAUGGGGUGACAGAUAUAUUUCCCAUUUUAGUUUUAGAAAUAGUAAAGGAAUUGAAUUAUAAGAUACCUUGAGAUAAUUUUGUUUCAUUGAAUAUUUGAAGUUUACUCUGAAAUGUAUGAAUCGGCAUACAAUAGUUUUUACAGUCUAUUUGAGCACCAACUUACUUCUUAGACAUUUUUAACUUGUCUGUUAUUAAAGAAAAACUCUAGGUAUUGUCAUCGCCUUGGCGUUGUUGAUGGUGUCAGCGUUGUUGAUGGUGUCAGCGUUGUUGGUGGUGUCAGCGGCAAAAUCUUUAACCUUGGACAUAAUAAUAACUCAAAAAAAUGCUAAAGAUAUUAACAUAAAACUUUGUAUGCAUAUGCUGCCAUAAACAAUAUGCACAUGUUUAGGAAGUUACAUUACUCUGGCUUUAAAAAUUGUUGAGUUAUGCCCCUUGUUGGACCUAAAAACAAAGACAGAUGAGCAUUGGUGUUCACUCCACAGCACUCUUGUUUUGUUUAUAUGCUACAUGUACAUGACUAUCUUAACAUGUGUUUUUGCUCAUUCCAUCUUUAUACUUGGGAACGAUAACUAUAUUAAUGUGUGCUUUUCAUGGAAUUCCAUUACUACGUUCGGGAAACCAAAAUACAGGUAGUUUUGAGUUAACAAAAGCUUAAGUUAAUGACAAUAGCGCUCAUGACAUAUACUUUAAUAGGUAGAAGGGUACUUUGUUACAUAUACACGUAUACUGUAGGAUAGUUUUAUUGAUGGAAAUGGGAGAGGGUUGAAUUUAGUGUUUAGAAUUAUUGAUACAUAAACAAUGCAAAUGCUGUUAAAAAUAUUUAGCUUUUCUUCAUUUUUUGGGGGAAAAUUCGUUUUUUUUUUCAAAGUUUCCUUUCGUAUGAAUUAUUAAGUAUUUCUUUUUUUUAGGGUCACCUGCAAAUCAUUGCAGACAAGUGGCAAAUUUCUUCGUUGUCAUCAGAUAUUGCAUUGUCAGUUUCAUACUUUCAUUUCUGAUCACAAACUUUGGUAUGACUUGUUGUAGAGUCCUCAAACUUGGUAUGGACAUUAGUCAUUGUCAGAAUAUGCCCCUUUUUUGUUUUAGGUCAGUAGGUCAAGGUUAUGGUAACCUUUACUUGGAAAAUGAUGGUCGCUCCAGACAGGCAACACAUCCGAUUUGCGGAAUUAAAGUUCUUGUUUAUCAGUGAUUAUACGGCCUUGGAUUUACAUGCCAGUUUUCUGAAAAAAAAUCUCACAUGAAAUAUGUAGCAUUUAAAGUUUAUUUUAUUAUCUAUAUUUUGUUUUUCAUUAAAAAUAUCUCUCUCUCUCUCCUUCGCCUUCUUUGUGAAAUCCUUUUUGUUGAAAUUCCAUGGCUUAUUUUAAAAUUUAUUUAACCAGAAUAUACCAUGUUGAUUUUCGUUUAUAUUCUUGUUCAUGAGAAGUAUAAUAAUAAAAUAUAAACAAAUGUGAAAAUAAAAUAAAUACCAAAGCAAGUUA